AUGGUAUCUGUUCUGGUAUUUUUGGUCUUAUCUGUAACUCAGUUUGCACGUUUAGUCUUUUCGGAGCCAGUGAAAGAUGUUCAACAGAUCCCCUAUUCGUUGAAGUAUGUGGAUGAAGACUUCUUUGAUGCUAUUAGGGGCAAUGAAACGUUGAUGAGUAAGGGUAAAGUUGUUAGAAUUGAUGACACCGAAUGUUUUUACAGCACUUCACCGGUUGAGCCAGAGAUAAUGGAAGAGGAAGAACUUUCCGAAAUUGUCAAGGUGAUCAAUGAUCAUCUAGUUGGAUGUCUAAGGAAAGAUGACUUCUUCUGGAUCUAUAGCUUGUGUUCGGAGGAGGUUCGAAGCUUAUCUCAAUCUCAUGAUAAGACGAAAUUUAUUUUGGGGCAAUCGGCAAACUAUAACUCCACAAGUGAUUAUUCUUACGAAGGCAGCGAUGACAUGCCGUAUAUCAAACAGAUCUUGAACAACGGAACGAUCUGUGAUAUUACAGGAAGGCCCAGAAAAACUGAGAUACGCUAUUACUGUACAUAUGAUGCGUUUUCGCCGAUUAAAAUUAGUAUUGAAGAAGUGCAAACAUGUCAAUACAUAGAAAAGAUCUUCAUUCCGGAAUUAUGCAGGUUCAAGUCCAUGAACCGCUUAGUUGAAGAGUUCUCUGCACACAGGAUAUACUGUCAUAAGGCGCAGAAUAAUGUAUCAUCGCUUUUUUAUCUACUUAACCAUUACUCGUUUCAACCUUGCCCGAAGGACAUAUUUCUUUUGACACCCAAUGACAGAUCUGUUGAUAGACCAGUUAUCAUGUUCCGCACAGAACUAACGGACAAAGAAGCGAGUGUGACUACGGUAGAAGACAAGUUCAUCGAAGGUCUUCUUGAAAACUUGGAAUACAUUCUCAAAAUGGAAUUCAUACGAACGCCUGAAGGAGGAGCUAUCAUGCCUGGUGAUGUGUUUUUAUGGAGAGCACCAGUAAUGGAUCUUGAUGGUCAAUUACUUUUCUUGAUAGAUUUGGAGUUUAACAGCGCUUCCCAAGCUAUUGCUAGGAUCAAUUAUGAUAUUUUCAUGUUGGAUGACCUGCCCUUGCAUAAUGUGGUUACAUUCUCACGAGUAUUAGACUUAGAGACAACGCCAAACCCGAAUUAUGGCCCUUCUAAAGUUUAUAAGAUCUUCCAAAACCCCGUCAUUCAUCCUCCUGAGAAUAUCGGAGAAGACGCUAUGGGAAGGAAAAUUGCUGAAGCACUUUCUCAAGCAUUCGCUGAAGCAGGCCUUGAAGGUUUUGACUUUCAAAUGGUCGAAGCUGACGUCUAA